GUAAAAGUUCUAGUUCUGAGAAGCUGAAUUCUAGCAAUAAAGAGAAAGAAUUAAUUCCAUUAGGUGAAAACAGUCAAGAUCAAACCAAGGGGAAAGUUAAAAAGAAAGAAAAUGAUGAAUGCAAAGAGGAGGAA